UUCUUCCCCUCACCUCUCUCCUGGCUCCUCCUCUUCAUGCAGCUGGGGAAGUUUGCAGCGGACGGUGCCCGCGGAAGGUGUAGUCAUGGCCGGGGUGCUCUCCUACGAGAGCUUGGUCCAUGCUAUGGCCGGGGCUGUGGGUAGCAUGACAGCAAUGACCGUGUUUUUUCCUUUGGAUACAGCUAGGCUGAGACUUCAAGUUGAUGAAAAACGCAAAUCCAAGACAACACAUGCAGUUCUGUUGGAAAUAAUAAAAGAAGAAGGCCUUCUGGCUCCUUAUCGAGGGUGGUUCCCUGUCAUCUCCAGCCUUUGUUGUUCCAACUUUGUCUAUUUCUAUACAUUUAACAGUCUAAAAGCGGUAUGGGUCAAAGGUCAUCAUUCCACCACAGGAAAAGAUUUGACUCUUGGGGUGGUUGCAGGUGUAGUGAAUGUAUUGUUGACUACUCCACUCUGGGUAGUGAACACCCGCUUGAAACUCCAGGGGGCAAAAUUCAGAAAUGAAGACAUUAUACCAACAAAUUACAAGGGCAUUGCAGAUGCUUUUCAUCAGAUAAUAAGAGAUGAAGGAAUCCUGGCUCUUUGGAAUGGCACUUUUCCCUCAUUGCUGUUGGUGUUCAAUCCUGCCAUACAGUUCAUGUUCUAUGAAGGGCUCAAGCGGAAAAUUUUGAAGAAACAAAUGCAGCUUUCCUCCCUAGAUGUAUUUGUCAUUGGAGCAAUAGCCAAAGCAAUCGCCACUACGUUCACUUACCCCAUGCAGACAGUACAGUCAAUUUUGCGGUUUGGACAUCACCGGCUGAACCCAGAAAAUAAGAGACUAGGCAGUCUUAAAAAUAUUCUCUACCUUCUUCAGCAGAGAAUAAAGCGAUUUGGAUUAGCUGGACUCUAUAAAGGGCUUGAAGCAAAGCUGCUGCAAACAGUCCUCACCGCUGCAUUGAUGUUCCUCGUCUACGAAAAAAUUGCUUCUGCUACAUUCACAGUCAUGCGGUUGAAGCGUUGAAGUAUUAGCCUCUACAUCUCACUUAGUCUGGGAACAGAAAACAGGUUCCUGGGAAGCACAAAAGCAGUAUCUGAAGAGUGACAGGGUUAUUCCUUAAAAUCUACAGUACUGUUUUUACUGUGUUCUUGUUCUCACUGAGUUCUUUGGAAUAUGUCCGAAGAAAAAGCUUGAAGAGAAAACUGGAAGCGUUAGCUUCUUGUUGCUUUAUAAUAGUUAGAUAAAUCUUCUUGGAAAAUUUUGUUUUAGGAAUUGAAAUGGAAAAUAUUUCACUGUAUAGGUGGAAGCUCAUAAGCUCUUUAGAGGGGUUUGACUUCCUCAGUAAAGGGAAUGAGGGUGUGUCUUCAUGGUACUUGGUUCAUUUAAAGUAUCCUUCAUCUUUCAUUCUCCACUUGCUGUCAGAUUGUCCCAGAUUUGAUACUGUAUUCUCUCUUUCAUAACUGGACCAUUAAAAAACUUUAUAGAGAAUUAA